AUGCUGCAAGAGGAAGACAACGCAUGGUCAUUUCAACGAGUUCUGAGUUACUGUACCCAGAUUUGGGAACAAGCCAACGACCUGGUUGCUGCAACUGCAUACCCCAACAUAUUCGAACUUCCCGAGCCAACAUCGAAGAAAGAGGAUCUUGGGUUGGUGGAAUUAGUAUGCCCAGAGGAUCCCACCGUCGAUAUCAUAGCAAUCCACGGCUUAAAUGGUCACAGAGAAAAGACUUGGAUGACAGACGAUGGCGUUCUUUGGCUACGCCAAUUCUUGCCGUCCUCAUUGCCUCGUGCCCGUAUCCUGACCUAUGGCUACGACGCCGACACUCACAGUACGGAGUGCGUAUCGACCCAGACUAUGCGCCGCCACGCCGUCGGUCUGGCUCAAGCUAUUUUACGGAAGCGUAAAGAUGCUCCUCGACGCCCCAUCAUCUUUGUUGCUCACGAUUUGGGAGGCAUCAUUCUCAAAUGGGCGCUCGUCAUAUGCAACAAUGAGGACCUGGAAUCAAAAGGCAGCAUGCGAAAUAUCCUGGUAUCCACCCAUUCCAUCCUCUUCUUUGGAACCCCGCAUUCCGGCGUAGAAGACACGCUCCUUAAGAAGAUCGUUCGCCUGGCAGCGCCAUGUAUGGAAUCGACAGAAGUCAUUGUCAAGAACCUUCACGCUCACUCGGAUGAACUCGAAAACAUCCAGAGCUUGUAUCUCACCGCGAGUAAAAAGAUAAACAGCGUCUUCUUCUGCGAGGAAUACAGCACCGGAGCCGAAGAACAGCAGAUACGUUUGAAUGUUCCGUAUCACUCGGCGAACCUUGUCAGAUUCCAGACGGAAGAGAGUGAAGAUUACCAAGCAGUUGCUUACUAUCUCACGGACCGUCGUGAAGGGAGGAACCAUCCCUCAACCAGACGACGCGCUUUUCGUAUCUCAACUGCCGGUAGUCGCAUUCGCCCCAUCCUCUGUCCAUACCACCUGUUCAAAGGAACUCGCCAGGCUGUCCUCGAGACAAUCUCGCAAUGGGCCGAUGGCGAUUCAUCAGAAAAACCGAUCUUCUGGCUAUGUGAUAUAGCUGGCUCUGGAAAAUCGACCGCGGCGGAUUCUUCUUUCCAUGGCAAGCAGCGAAAGCUCAGACAUCGAAAAGUUUUGCUCGACCAUGGCGAGGAACUCGCUCAACAUAUUCCCGAGCUUGGGACACCGAUUGCGGAGAUAGUAAAGCGGAAUCCUGCUCUCCUGCGAGCCUCUUUUGAUCAACAGUUUCGAAUGCUCAUCACCGACCCACUCCAGCAUCGACAGACGCAAAGAAAAGAACUGGUUGAGACUCUCGCUUCUGCUCAGGAGAGCAAGAAUCUUCGGAUAUUCAUCACAAGUCGACCAGACCCUGUGGUCGAAAGGGUUUUAGAACCUCUUUCGAUCAAGGCCAAGUUGACAGAUCGGCUCCACGAUGCUAGCCACCGCGAUAACAUCGAUGACAUUGCGAUAUACGUCCAUCGAUUGCUCGGCCGGCGCCUGACGCCAGAUAAGAUCCAGCGACUGGUUGAUAAGGCCAAGGGGCUGUUCAUUUGGGCGAGCACUGCGUGUCGGAUGCUCGAUGAUGAAUCAUCUGCGGUCAAUACAGCGGCCAUAUAUGAUCGCCUGACGUCUAUUGAUCAGCCUGGAGCCAUCGACGAGGUAUACGACCUCGUCUUCGAGCGCAUUGACCGAGCAUCCAAACCAGCUAUCAUCGAGAUGCUCGGUAUGCUGCUUGCUGCGUUCGAGCCACUCACCACCAAUGACUUGGAAGACCUUGUUCAGCAUACCAAAGGACAAGGGAGUGCCGAAGCGCUGGUACGGAUUCUGGGAAGUGUACUUAAGGAGGAUCCGAUCACGCACUCGAUACAGUUUCGUCACCCCACCUUUUUCGAAUAUCUUCGACGACGCUGUAGCACCGAAAUUAUCGGCGAUUGCGACAGGAAUCUUAUCAACAUCGCGCGUGCACAUGGCCAAGCCGCGUCAUGGUGUCUUCACACUCUCAAAUCGCGCAAGGAGGGGCUCAAGUUUAAUAUUUGCCAAAUCGAGUCAUCCUUCUAUCUGAAUAGGCAGAUUACAGACCUUGACGCCCGGGUUGCGAAAUUCAUUUCGCGGAGGCUUCGCUAUGCUAGUUUGCACUGGUCGUUCCAUGUUGCCGCAAUGGACAGUGACUGGGGCCGCAGGCUAAGGAAUGAGCUGGCACGUAUAGUCAAAAGUCCAUUCGCACUCUAUUGGAUGGAGAUCCUCAGCGUGACUGGAGGAGUCAUGCGGGCAGUAUCUGGAAUGCGAGCUGCGACGCAACAUAAGAGUCUUGAGCAAGAGAUCCGAGGUCGGAUGAAUGACAUCAGAAGGUUUUUGAUGGCAUUCUCUGUACCAAUCCAAGACAGCGCACCACACAUCUACAUCUCAUCUCUCCCAUUCAGUCCACGGAAGUCGGUACUUCAUACGGAGGGUUUAAAGGAGUAUAUGAAUUCGUUAAUUGUGACCAGAGGGCUUGAAGAAACAUUUCGUGAGCUUCCCAGAACGCUGCUAGGUCACCAGGGUAGUGUCACAGCGGUUUCAUUCUCACCAGAUGGCACACGAAUCGUCUCUGGCUCAAGGGACAGGACAAUUCGACAGUGGGAUGCAGAGACUGGCCAGCCAUUGGGAGAGCCACUCCAAGGUCAUGAAUACUGGGUGAACGCUGUCGCAUUCUCACCAGAUGGCACACGAAUCGUCUCUGGCUCAAGCGACAGCACAAUUCGACAGUGGGAUGCAGAGACUGGCCAGCCAUUGGGAGAGCCACUCCAAGGUCAUGAAGACGAGGUCAUGGCUGUCGCAUUCUCACCAGAUGGCACACGAAUCGUCUCUGGCUCUUGGGACAGGACAAUUCGACAGUGGGAUGCAGAGACUGGCCAGCCAUUGGGAGAGCCACUCCAAGGUCAUGAAGACUCGGUCAUGGCUGUCGCAUUCUCACCAGAUGGCACACGAAUCUGGGAUGCAGAGACUGGCCAGCCAUUGGGAGAGCCACUCCAAGGUCAUGAAUCCUGGGUGAACGCUGUCGCAUUCUCACCAGAUGGCACACGAAUCGUCUCUGGCUCAAGGGACAGCACAAUUCGACAGUGGGAUGCAGAGACUGGCCAGCCAUUGGGAGAGCCACUCCAAGGUCAUGAAUCCUUGGUGUACGCUGUCGCAUUCUCACCAGAUGGCACACGAAUCGUCUCUGGCUCAAGGGACAGGACAAUUCGACAGUGGGAUGCAGAGACUGGCCAGCCAUUGGGAGAGCCACUCCAAGGUCAUGAAUCCUUCGUCAACACUGUCGCAUUCUCACCAGAUGGCACACGAAUCGUCUCUGGCUCAGGCGACAGCACAAUUCGACAGUGGGAUGCAGAGACUGGCCAGGCAUUGGGAGAGCCACUCCAAGGUCAUGAAGGCUCGGUCAUGGCUGUCGCAUUCUCACCCGAUGGCACACGAAUCGUCUCUGGCUCAAGGGACAGCACAAUUCGACAGUGGGAUGCAGAGACUGGCCAGCCAUUGGGAGAGCCACUCCAAGGUCAUGAAUCCUCGGUGAACGCUGUCGCAUUCUCACCAGAUGGCACACGAAUCGUCUCUGGCUCUUGGGACAGGACAAUUCGACAGUGGGAUGCAGAGACUGGCCAGCCAUUGGGAGAGCCACUCCAAGGUCAUGAAUACUCGGUGAACGCUGUCGCAUUCUCACCAGAUGGCACACGAAUCGUCUCUGGCUCAAGGGACAGCACAAUUCGACAGUGGGAUGCAGAGACUGGCCAGCCAUUGGGAGAGCCACUCCAAGGUCAUGAAGACGAGGUCAUGGCUGUCGCAUUCUCACCAGAUGGCACACGAAUCGUCUCUGGCUCAAGGGACAGCACAAUUCGACAGUGGGAUGCAGAGACUGGCCAGCCAUUGGGAGAGCCACUCCAAGGUCAUGAAGACGAGGUCAUGGCUGUCGCAUUCUCACCAGAUGGCACACGAAUCGUCUCUGGCUCAAGCGACAGCACAAUUCGACAGUGGGAUGCAGAGACUGGCCAGCCAUUGGGAGAGCCACUCCAAGGUCAUGAAGACGAGGUCAUGGCUGUCGCAUUCUCACCAGAUGGCACACGAAUCGUCUCUGGCUCAAGCGACAGGACAAUUCGACAGUGGGAUGCAGAGACUGGCCAGCCAUUGGGAGAGCCACUCCAAGGUCAUAAAUACUCAGUGAACGCUGUCGCAUUCUCACCAGAUGGCACACGAAUCGUCUCUGGCUCAAGAGACAGCACAAUUCGACAGUGGGAUGCAGAGACUGGCCAGCCAUUGGGAGAGCCACUCCAAGGUCAUGAAUACUCGGUGAACGCUGUCGCAUCUCACCAGAUGGCACACAGUUGUCUCUGGCUCCAUUGUAGGACAAUUCAAAUCUCGAGUUCGGACAAUGUAUAG